AUGGAACCAUUAAAAGUUCUCAUCGUAGGCGCCGGCAUCGCCGGUCCCUCCCUAGCAUCCUGGCUCGCCAGAACAGGCGCAGAAAUCACUCUCAUCGAACGCUACCCCCAACUCAGAUCAACAGGUCAACAACUCGACGUCCGCGCCCAAGGUGUGCCUGUCAUGAAGAAACUAGGCAUCGAAGCAGCGAUCCGCGCGAAAACAAUCCACGAACCUGGAACGCAACUCAUCGAUACCAGGGGGCGUACGAAGGCGUUCUUUGGUGUUUCGGAUCAUGGUGGUGCGAAUCAGAGUUUGACCACCGAGUAUGAGAUUAUGCGUGGGGAUCUUGUUAAGAUUCUUAUGGGUCUUACAGAGGGGAAGAAGAAUGUGAAGCACAAGUUCGGAUUGAGUGUUACUAGUUUGACCCAAGGUAGUGAGGAUGACCCGAAGGGAAAGGUUCAUGUGGGGUUUGAUGAUGGGGGAAAGGAUGAUUUUGAUCUUGUUGUCGCGGCAGAUGGCACGGGGUCGAGGACGAGACAGCUUAUGCUUGGUCCUGAUGCACCUGAUCCGAGACAUUGGCUGGGAGGUUAUAUCGGCUUCUUCAGCACGAUCUCUCAACCUCAAGAUUCCAACUGUUUCACUUUCUGCCAUCUUCCUGGAGGGAAGUAUAUCGGGACGAGAAAGGACUCGAAGGAUAUGACCCGUGUGUACAUGCAGAUGCAGGGCCAAAACGAAGCUCUUGCCGCAGCGCACAAGUCCGGAAACUUAGCAGACCUCAAAUCUGCUUGGGCGGAUGUCUUCCCUGGCGAUGAAUGGGAUUGCAAGCGUUUCAUGACCGCGAUGAAAACCUCUCCAGAAGCAGACGACCUCUACUCAACGCCUCGACAGGAAGUUCGUCUCCCGCCAGGAUCAUGGUCGAAGGGUCGUAUCGUGGCGAUCGGCGACGCAGCGCACUCGCACACAGCAAAUGGUUUCGGAACGACAUGGGGUCUCGUAGGAUCAUAUAUCCUCGCCGGAGAAAUCGCGACGCUGUAUAAGCAAGAUCCUAGUACGGCUGUCGUAAAGGGUGUGAAGCGGUACGAGGAGGUGUUUCGACCGAUAGCGGCCGCUGAGGGUGGUGAGAAUGAUUCUCGUGAGAAGUUGUUUAUGCCGCAGAGUGCCUGGGGUAUUUGGAUGCUUCAUUCGGUGGCGCGGGUGGCGGCUUAUCUUCAUCUGGAGAGAGGUCUCGGAAUGGGUUCAGAGAAGGCUAAGUGGGAGGUUCCAGAGUAUCCGGCCCUAGAAUGA